AUGAAGACUCAAGACUUAGAUCCACGGAGAGAUCCUAACUUCAAAUGUAAAGGACAAGUAAACAACAAGAGACGUCAUAAGGCAGCAGUAGAUAACGCAGGAAAUAGUAGCAGAUUGCGGCCUCACCCAAUAGUUUCUCCUAACUGUCAUGACUCUUUGGGGCAUAUUAUUCGUUUUUCCAAUAGCCUUAAAGUACCUCGUCCACCUAGGCGACAUUUAUAUGAUAUGAUUUAUGUUGAACAUCACGCAAAUGGUGGUGGCUACGCUUUGCAUUCGUAUGCCGAUGAAUUAGUGCAUCUUACAACAGAUGAGUUAAAUAUGUUGGCUCGGAAAUACUUUAAAACACUGUUUACUGAACGAAGAAAGCGCGGUAUUCGUGUCCCUUUUUCGCACUACUGCAUUGGUGUUGUUCAUGGUGCAGCAAGACGAAUACCGGAAUUAUUAUCAUAUUUAUCUUCUACACAUCCCAACCUCACGGUUUCUACAAAUCCACUUGAGCAGAAGAAUGCAAAUGAAACUAUGAACCUUGCACAGUAUGUGAAAAACGUUCACAAGACUUAUGCAAACGGCAUUUAUCGCUUCGGACCACUACAUGCAUUGAGCAUCGUGGGUGUCAAAGGAGAAGAACGUGGAUUUUUUGACAAAACACUUAUUGAGAUGAUUGAGAAAGACCCUUUCUUAAACAUGGUUACGCCUUGGGGCGUUUUGUCAAGCCUGAGCGGCAUGGAUCCGCGGGAAAGUAACGAUGGUCCUAUUCUGUGGGCUCGCCACGGAGAGCAGACUAUCCCAUUGUUUUCAACUUCUGUACGUAGCAAAAGACGUGUUGUUGGUGGUUGUGGCAUUACAGACCUGGUUAUAGAUCGCCGCACAUUAAGUGGACGUCAAAUAGCAGUCCAUGAUAGAACUCCAUGUCAUGCGGACCAUGCAGAUGAUGGACUCGCACGUCAUGCCACAGCAGCUGUUGGACUUCUCAAAGCUGUAUAUCCCCCAAGAGCUGGAGAGGAAGACUCAUUUUCUCAUUCUUCAUCCUGUUCGUCUUCUGAAGAUGCCAAUCACGUUGCAAGUUCUUCCACGAAUCCAUAUGCUCUUAAAUUAAAUCAGCCUGCUAGAAUAGUUAAAGAUGUAGUUGUAUUUGAUCCGCGUCAUUACGCUGAUUUGAUUGAACGAUUAAGGCUAGAUAUUAUGGAGCCACCAACAAAUCAGUGUGGUUCAUUUUGGGCGGAUGAUGGUGAGCUGAAUCAGCUGCAUUCAGAAGGCUUUCGUUAUGUCCGUUUACCUCUUCGUGAUAAUGAUAUCUAUUUUAUUCCACGCAAUGUUGUACAUCAAUUCAAGUCUGUUUCAGCUGUGGCUAGUAUAGCAUGGCAUGUUCGUUUAAAAAAUUAUUAUGAUCAAUCAGAACGUGACGACACAACUGUCUUGUCUGGAAAUAAUGAAUUUAGUGUAACUAAUCAGCAUCAGCCACAACAACAGGAGCGACCUCAGCAGUUGUGUAAUCCCGAGGAGUCAGUAUCUGAGUUAGCAGUUCCCAGUGUUAUAAAAAGUUGA